UGCUGUCCUGCUUUUUCUUUGCUGAUCCAUUGCCUCGGACGAGUAGUUGUUUGCCUCGAUGUCGAAUCCUCACCUCGGCAAAGCCAGUGGUGAAGCGGUGACCAGUUGCACACCGGGAAGGAGAGUGUGGAGCAAAGCGGUGAGAAGAUGAAGCGGCCCCUCAAGAAGAUGAAGCGGCCCCUCAAGAAGAUGAAGCUGGAGAAGGUGAAGGCUCGCGAGGUUGAUUUGCUUAGUCUGACCUGUAGAAUCACUGAGAUAUUCCAAAAGGAGGGCACGCGCAGUGAAGCUUACAGUAGCUGGGCAGUGAAUGGCUAUUUGGAAGACUAUGCGGAGCCAGGCUUUGCAUACUGUUAUACACACAGACACUUCAUUCGCCGAUCACGUGCUACCUGCGAUCUGCGGAAAGUCGCCCAAGAUGAACUCGGUUUCAUGCCGGAAAGAGUAGAGAUUUUGGACAUUGGCGCAGGUCCAGGAUGUGCAGCAGCAGGUGUCAUCAAGUCUUACUAUGAACAAGGCAUCCCCAUUGAGCGAGUGAUUUUCACUGACAAAGUAGAGAAGUGGAAAGCGGGUUUGAAGGCGUACCGCAGCCUCAUCCCCGGGAUAGAUUUCUUUUUUGAUUGUCGUCCUGAGACAGAGCAUUGGGAAGACACCAUCACCGAACAAAUUUUCACCAGAGCAUAGGCGACUCUGUCCCUGUCAUUUGUCUCUCGUGUGUCCUGCGAGAUUGGUUUGGGCGCUUUGGUGGCACUGAAGCGACUGGUGGGGGAAGCUAAGGAAAGGUGUUGGUGGUAGAAGAGCUUUGAACUUGGUCUUAGACCAGUUUCCCUGCAAUGAGUUUUUGCCUACUAAGCCGCCCCCGCAAAGAUUUGUUGAGAAGAAGUUCGACGAUGGACCUUGCGGUGCUGCCUUCCUAGAGCCAGGCACUAUAACUAGACCCAAACGUUCCUUCCGAUGUCACCAAGAAUGUGGUUGAGGCCAAGAAGUCUGCAAAGAGUGCAUCGUCCUCCUACAAGAGAAAGUUUCCAGACACACCUGAACCUCCCGAUCAAGUACCUCCGCCCGAGAACUUCGCUUCGUGGGAAGAAGCCGCGGAAGCUUCGGAGGUAAACAGAGAGAGGAGCGAGAUGGAACAGCUUGAGAACCACAUAAUGAAACAGCAGUUGGUGCGCGAGAGACGCGCUAAGAGAGAGGAUCAGAAAUCCAAGGUUGUCAGCGCUCCGAAGAAAGUACGCAGGGGAAAGGUCACCGUCUACGAGAGGGAGAUCAUCGACUUCUAGACAACCACUCACUUAAAAACCCACCAUCUUGGUGUCCAACCAAGUCACUCUGUCACCUCUCCCACACCCUUCUUCCCACCUCGUAGUCUCACCCCCCCUGUGACUACCUGUGAUGAUGUCAAAUUUCAAAACUCCACUGUUGCAAUAUCGGCGUCCAGGCGUAGGAUGCCAAGGCUGAAGACAUAGUUGCAGUCAAGAACUCAUGUCGCCGGUUGCAGCAUAACAUUCCCAUAGACCAUCUUGGUGAAUACAAUUGGUCACAGCUCAACUGGUGAACACUUCGCAUGACAUCUUGGCUCUUCAAAACUUCGCCUCAAGGCUGAAGGGUCGAAGAGCCCCGCGUUUCAGGCUGAGGCACCUCUUCGUUUUUUGGUUUCACGGCUGAUGCACCCAACACACAGACGCGGAAAAAGCGUUUCAACAAGAAGUGCUUAACCUUCUGCUGGGCGCUGGUUGAGUCUUGGAUGCGACAACAGCUGAUUGACUUGC